AUGAUGAAAAUAAUAAUAAUAAUAUGUAUAUUAAAUGUUAUAAUAAAAAAUUCAUAUUCAAAUCCAUUAAUAAAAAGUUAUCCAAUAAUUGAUUUAUUAGAAAAUAGUCCAUUAAAUACAUUUGUUAUAGAAUUAACAAAUUCAUCAAAUAAAUUAAUAUUAAUAAAUUUAAAUGAAUUUGAAACAAAAUUAUUUUCAAUAAUAAAUGGAAAUAUUUAUACAAAAAAUUUGAUUGAUCGAGAAGAAUUUCUUGAUAAAAAAUAUUGUUUAGAUAAAUUUUAUUGUAAAAUUGAAUUACAAAUACUUGUUGAUGAUGGUUUAGCUUAUUGGAUUAUUCCAAUUCAUAUUGUUGAUGAAAAUGAUAAUAAACCAGAAUUUGCUAAAAAUGAAAUUGAAUUAAAAUUUGUUGAAAAUGUAUCAAAUGGAUAUAGAAUAUAUUUUGAAGGUGCAAAAGAUAUUGAUGAAGGUAAAAAUAGUGAAAUUCAUUAUAUAUUAGAUUGUUCAAAUAAUAAAAAUAAUAAAAAUAAAAUCUUAUUAUUAAAUCAAUCAUCAAUAAAUUGUUUUUCAUUAUUUGAAUUAAUAAUAAUAUCUCAAUCAUCAUUAUCAAGUUUAUCAAAUAAUUUUGAUAAAUUAGCAUUAAAAUAUAAUCCAUCAUUAAUAAAUGAAAAAAAAACUUUUGAAAAUGAAUAUAAAUUUAUAAUUUAUGCUAUUGAUAAUAAUGAAAAUAAUAAACAAUUAAUAAAUUCAAUGAAUUUAUUUAUUAAAAUAGAAGAUAAAGAAGAUAAAAAUAAAAAUUUUAUAAAAUUUUUGUUAUCUUCAUAUGAAUUUGUUAUAUUAUUAAAUGAAACAUUAAAUAAAAGAGAAAAUUUGAUAGGUAAAAUUCAUGCUAUAUCAAAUAAUCCAUCAGAUAUAAUUUAUUAUAAAAUUUUAUCAAAUAAUAAAAUAAAUGAAAUAAAAAUAAAUUUUUUAACUGGUGAAUUAAGUUUUAUAAAUAAAAAUAAUAUAACAUAUAUAAAUAAUGAUAUUGAAUUAAAUGUUGAAGCUUUUUUAUUAUUAAAAAAUAAUAAUUUUAAAAAAUUAAAAAAUCAAACAAAUAUUAAAAUUUAUUUUCGUUAUUUUCAUUUAUUAAAAAAUAUUUCAUUUUAUUAUGAAAAUAUUUUAUUUAAUAAUUCAAAUUAUAUUUAUCAAUUAAAUAAUAAAUCAAAUAUUUUUUUUAUUAAUAAAAAUAUUCAAAUUAAUAUUAAUUUAUUAAAAAUAUCUCUUUUUUCAUAUUAUUAUCCAAAUGAUAAAUUUAUUUUUUCACUUGAAAAUUAUUUUAAUAUAUUUUCACUUAUUCCUUCUUCUUCUCCUUCUUUAAUUAAUAUUUAUUAUUUAAAAUUAAAUCAACAACUUAUAUCAUCAAAUCAUAAUUAUUUAUUAAAUAUUCAAAUUAAACAUAAAUUAUCUCAACAAUAUUUACCAAAUUUAAUUAUUCAAUUUAUUGUUUUUGAUCAAUUAACAACAACAACAAUUGAUAGUACUAGUUUUAUUGAUGAUAUUCAAACAACAAGAACAACAACUAAUAUAACAACAUCAACUUCAAUUUCUGAUCAAUUUCUUGAUGAAUCAUUUGAUUUUUGUUUAGAAAACAAAACUUAUAUUCUAUAUGAUAUUAAAAAUAAUGAUAAUGAAAUUGCUUUAUUAAAAGUAAUUCAAUCAAAUUUAUUUAUAGAUAAUAAUAAUAAUAAUAAUUUAACUAUUAAUUUAAGAAAUUUUUUAAAUAAUAAUCAAAGUGAAAUAAUUUUAAAUGAAUGUCGAAUGUAUAUAAAUAAAUCAAAUAAUUUAUUUAAUAAAUCUUUUGAAUAUGAAAUAUGUUCUUUUGAUUAUAAUAAACAAUGUUUUAAUAUAACAUUUCUUAUUGAUGAAAUAAAUUCAAUAUCAUUUGAAAUUAAUAAUCAUUUUCAAAAAUGGAUUUUACCAAAAAAACCAAUAGAAAAAAUAAUGGUUUUUAUUUCAAUUAUAUUUCUUAUUGGAACAAUUAUUCUUAUUUUACUUAUUUGUCGAUUAAAAGGUUUUCUUAUUUGUUCAAAAAUAAAAAAUUAUUUUUUCUAUGGAAAAAAAUAUGGUAUAAACAAUUCUCAAUAUUUAUCUUCUUCUUUCUCUUUACCACCAUUACCAUCAGCAUCAGCAUCAGCAUCAGCAUCAUUACCAUUAUCAUCAGUUCCACCAACAAAAAUUCCACAAAGAUCUCAUUCAAUUGUUGUCCAACAAUCUGAUUUUUCUUCAUUUGAACCAAUUAAAAUAAAAAAUGAUGAUAAUGAAUCAUAUUUAUUCAAUAUUGAUCGUUUUCUUCAAAGAGAACCACUUCCUAAAACAAAUACAUUUAUUCUUCCAUCAUCUGCACAAAUGUCAUCAUCAUCAUCAUCGUUAUCAUUAAGAUCUUCAGUUCAACGACAAGAAAAAGUAAUGUUAAAUGUUGAAAAUCGAUUAAUAAUACCUCGAACAUCAUCAUCAUCAUCAUCAUCAUUUCUUCAAGAAACAAAACAAUUAUUAGAAAUGAUAUCAUCAAAUCAAAAUUUUGAUUUAUCAAGAUUAACUUCUGAAAUUUAA